CUUUUUUUCCCAUUUUUAAUUUACAGAGGGUUAUUUAAAUUGGAAUGAGAUAUUUGAGAUCAAUAUUUUUCAAUUAGAAACGUAUAAAAAUGUAUUUUAUAUUUGUCAUCUAUGUUAGCAUAUCCAUAACAAACAGAAACAUUAAAAAGCGUAUGGAUUCUAGUUAAAAUAUGCAAUUCUGGUUUUUCCUUGGAAAAAAGAGAAAAGAAAAGAAAAACAUUUCUUGAAAUUUUCCAAAAAUAUUUGCAAAAUUUUCAAGUUUUGGAAAGAUUAGAUUCAGCAUCAAACUUCAAAUGGAUGUAGAAAAAGUCUGCCAUUUACUUCUCUUGCUGCAGACAAUUGAUGAAGCCAUUCUAGCCAAGUGUCUUCUCUCUAUCUUUGUCAAUAUUGCAAAGAAUUUAUGGGAUUCAAAUUAAUUCAGUGUAAUUCCUGUUUAUGAAUGAUUGAUUCAAUGCCUUUACAACAGAAAGAAAUGUUAGUGAAAAUAUAUGUUGCCCUCCUACUAAAUACUAUGUCUUAUGGGUUUGAUUUGUCAUACCGUGUUAAAGAGGCUCAGAGGCCAGGCAUUUAUGUUGGUGACCUCGCUACAGAUACAAACCUCUUGGAUAAAAUUACCGUAAAAGACCGUAGUGCAAUUUGGUUCAGUCAGCUUCACCAGAAGCAGUCUGACAGCAAUUCCCAGUUGUUCAAUAUCAGCAAAUCAGGUGAAAUCUAUACAGCUCAAAAAUUAGAUGCAGAGUCACUAUGUAAAUACAACACUCCAUGUUUUGAAAUGGUGGACAUUGCUGUACAGAACCAGCUUGCUUUCAUCAAAAUACUUGAAAUGAAAAUCAUAAUCGAAGAUGUUAAUGAUAACUAUCCUGAAUUUCCCACAAGAGAGAUAGUUCUUCAUUUUUCUGAAGCUGAUAAGAAAGGGACAAGCAAACCAAUUCAAAAUGCUAUUGACAGGGAUGUGGGUGUUCUAAAUUCCCAGAUCAAAUAUCAGUUAAAAAAACAAGGAAAUGAACCAUUUAUUCUAUCGAUUGUUAAAAAAGUGGAUGGUAGUGCUAAACUUGGAAUUGUUUUAGAACAAGGUGUUGAUCGAGAGACAAAAGAUAAUUAUGUUCUUCAGCUUAUCGCUGAAGAUGAAGGAUUGCCACCAAAGAGUAGUUUUCUAAAUGUGAAGAUAUUGAUUGAAGAUGAAAAUGAUAACUCUCCACUCUUUAACCAAAAUAUUUACAAUGUUUCUAUAAAUAGUAAUCAUCAGAAAAAUAUACCUAUUGUACAUUUAACUGCCAAUGAUUUAGACAUUGAUCAGAAUGGAAAUGUCUCUUAUCAUUUCGGUUCUAAGACAUCAAAAAACGACCAAAUUUAUUUUAAAAUAAACGAGGCCACUGGCGAAAUAUUUUUGCAAAAGAGUCUCCUGCAAAGAGCCAAAAAGGUUUACAAGUUGUUUGUUGAAGCUACUGAUGGAGGAAAUCCUCCUUUGAGUUCCACUGCCAUUGUUCUAGUCUAUGUCAUCAACCAACAGAACAAUGCCCCUGUCAUAGACAUGAACUUUAUUUCUCGCUCUAAAGAAAAUAAUGCAAUGGUGUCUGAAGCAAUCAAAGUUGGAGGAUUCAUUGCAUUUGUUAAAGUCUCCGAUGAAGAUAUUGGUAGAAACAGUGAAGUAUCAUGUGACCUUCAGCAUGAAAAACUUCAGCUAAGAAGCCUUGGAAAAAACAAAUACAAAAUUGUUGUGAAGAAUUUAAUCAACAGAGAAACUGAAAGUAGCAUUGAAAGCACAAUAAUUUGUGAAGACAAAGGAUCUCCCCCUUUAAGAACUGAGAGAAAAUUUUCCAUCCAAGUGAAAGAUGUCAAUGAUAUACAGCCUCAAUUUACCAAAGAUACUUUCAAAUUUUUAACAUAUGAAAAUGAAGAGCAAAAUUUUCCUGUAGGUUUUGUUAAUGCUACAGAUGAAGAUCUGGGGUUAGGAGGUCAGCUGAGUUUUUCUUUAUUUAAUGAAAGAGGAAUUAUUUUACCAUUUAAAAUUUCUGAUUUUGGAUUUAUUUCAGCAACUCAGUCUUUAGAUAGAGAGCGACAAGAUGUUUACAAAUUUAAAGUAUUAGUAAGAGACAAUGGUACACCAUCUCUUAACAACACAGCAAAUGUUGUUGUUGAAGUUAUGGAUAAAAAUGAUAAUGCUCCCUAUUUUACUUUCCCUAGUGUUAACCCUUUCACUUUAGAUGUCCAUUACCAUCCGCAGAGUAACAGUGACAUCACAACAUUAAGAGCUUCUGAUAGAGACAGUCAUGUAAAUUCCUUCCUCAGGUAUGAAAUACUUGGAGGCAAUAACAAACAGUUAUUUACAGUUAACCCUUACACAGGAGUUUUGUCAUUCUCUCGUACAGUUUACCAAAAUGAUGCUGGAUCAUAUAAUCUAAAAUUAGCAGUCAAAGAUGGUGGUACUCCAGUUUUAUCAGCAACCACCACACUGUCUUUGACACUAACUGUUAGCAAUACAACAGCCAAAAUGUACACAGCUGAAGACACAGAAUCAGACAACAGAAUACAUAUUAACUUGAUGAUUAUUAUAGUAGUGGCUGCAGUGAUAGUUUCUGUGGCUAUUGUAGUUUCUGUAAUUGUAUGUAUAAUACAUAAAAGAAAUCAAAAAGAAAACCAUUAUGGUGCUCCCCAAGACUUUGUUGGUGAGAGAAGACCAUCAGGAUACGUUUGUGAACAAGACUCUCCAAAAUAUGAUGUUCCUGUUGCAAUCUUAUCAGAUCCAAAACAACAAGCAAGAAAUACUCAAUCAAAUCUUAUUAGACACGUUUGUCAACCUGAUUACAAUCCAGGACAGAGUUGGAAAGGAUCUUCACCUCAUAUUCAAGUCCAAAACAGAACAGCUGACUCAAGGCAGAUGUGCAUCCAAGAGGCUGCAUUAGCUUCAAGCUUAGGCAAAGAAGAACAGCACAUAUUACUGUCAUCUGAUCACACUUGGAAUGAAUUAACUGCUGAACACUACGAAACAUUACCUGGUUUUAAAUUUUGCCAUCAAGAGCAGUCACAUAAUCCUGAUCGACAGUCUUUAGCUCAAACCCUCUCCAGAUCUAAGGACAUCGACCCUAGUACAGGAUCUAAUACCAGUGGUCAGGUUUCUCAAAGCAAUAAUGUCAUUAACUUAAAGUCAACACAAGCGGACAGUGGCAAUCUCACCUUACCACAAUCGCAAGCUUGGAAUUUGCCAAUGAGGAAUAGCUUUACUUCCUACAGCAAGCCACUAUCAAAAGUACCAAAGGGAGUUUUCUCAUAGAAGUCUAAUCAAAAGUUUUAUUUUGUUAUUCAAACAUUAUUUCAUGCCAAAAGUAUCUUCACGAAAUCGUUUCCAAUACAUAGUAAAUAUAUUUUCAGUGAUAAUGGAAAUUUUGUGUUCUUUGUUUUUUGACUUUUGUGUUUUAUUUAUUUUUUGUUUCUUCAAUAAAUUGUCCUUUAACAUAAGCUAGUUGUUUGGAAUGACCAGAAAAGAAAAGAAAAAAGGAUACAUAAUGUAAUUUGGGGAAACAAAAAGAAAACCUG